AUGUACAUUCCUCCUGGAGCAGUUCCACAUAAUGACUCUUGUCAGAUCACACUGGCCGUCAUAAGAGACGAUCCAGGUGUUGACAUCCCAGUCAGUGAAUCAAUGUCCUGCUUUGGGAUCAGGUGUGAUCCUCCAACCGUGAUCUUCAACCAACCUGUUAAGGUUACUAUACCACACUCUUCCUUGGUAAUCAAUCCAGAGCAGGUGAAACCAGAUAUCGUGUACCGCGUAUGGGAUUCUGUGAGGGACCUACCAAGAACUGUCAGAUUGAGGUCACCCAGUUCACCAGACAAACCACCGUACUCUAGAGUUUUUAAGAGUCACCUUGAGCUGUACAUUGGUCACUGCGCUGAUUGGUGGGUUUUGAUUCCCCUUGAACAACAUGUGAUCCGACACCGGCUCCUAUGCACGCCAUACAUCCCAGACAAUGUACACAGGGGGCAAGAGUUUGAGGUUAGCCUUCAUGUACAUGCCGACAUUCCUGGCUUUGAAAUGGACAUACAAGAGGAGAAUAUGCAGCAGUCAUUUCGUAAAGGGCAUCGCUCUGUUCCAUUCAGCGUUGAAGUGAAUUCGAAUGACGUCACUUUGACUUGCCAUCAUGAGGAGGAACAAAUUGAAAGAAAGGUCCUUCCUCCCAAAGACAUUCGAACCAAGAUGAGUCAGAAUGUAAUUUUUGCCAUUUCUCCUCAAGGGGAUGAUGAAGACUUUAUUAGAAUUACCAUCACGAUUACACAGGCCGGAAAGUUCGAAGUGUCACAAUCCAUUGUUUUCGUCAUCAGAUACACAGACAUGCAAGAAGGACCGACGCAUCAAUUACUUUCUGAGUCCACAUCCUUCGUCAGGGCAGUGGAAGAAGCCAAGCACAGUGACUUCCAGUCGGACGCCGAUGUCCUUACAAUAGCCCAAACAAUGACUGUCAACCAGUUCUAUGAUUUAGGCAUAGCUCUUGGUUUCACCAUUGCUGAGUUGGAUUGCAUUGAGUACAGGAGAUUCAAGGACAGACAACAGGCCAUCCAUGACAUGCUUGUAAUAUGGAGAGAGAGGCAACCAACUGCUCUAAAAGCAAAGAACAAGCUCAUCUUACUCAUGGAAUCAUUUGAUUCAACAACUGGACAUAUAUCUUUUUCAGACAUCGAAGCUACUCAGGAGAUUACUGACACCACACUGCUAGCAUUUGCCCGUCAAAUCAGCGCAGAGAAGUUCUUGGAAAUUGGCGAAAAACUCGGAUUUGACAAAUCAGAGCUAAAGCACAUCGAGCAUCGGACAUUAUACAAUAGGAAAGACGCUAACAUCCAAAUGCUCUCGAGCUGGAAAGCAGACCAAACAUCAUUACCUGAGGCAAAGGAGACAUUAAAGAGGGUUUGGGAGUCUGUAAAUCGAGCCUCUGAAACACAUGACUUAAAAGGAGGAAAACGAGGAGAAAAGUCGAAAGAACAUGAUCACGACGAUCCCCACCACGGAGAAGAAAAUAUGGAGGAGAAAGACAUUGACCACUACGACGACAACGACGACGAAGAAUAUGAUGAUAUAGAUGGCGAAGAGGCUUUACACGAACAAAUGACAGAUGGGAAUGAAUGCAAAGAGCCUGAAGUCUUGGAGGUUAUUAGAUAUGCAGAGCCAAAUGUAGAUGGAAAGGAGAUCGGUGACGAUAAUGACCAGUGUGGAGGUUCACCGACUACUGGUGAACUUUACAGCGUCGCUUCACCGAUAAAGAGUCUCUCUUUGGCGAUGAAACUGGGAAAAGCUCUACGCGUUGAAAUUGACGACAUCAUUCGUAUUGUAGCUCUUAACCCUGCAGACAUGAAGAAACUAGCAAGGCAUCUCCUCCAUAUGUGGGAAAAACGUUUAGGAAGCAAUGAAAGGGAAGACAGAAUAACAAAAAUCCUUCAUGAUUACAACAUCCAUGACGGCAGUACAGGUCUUGAUGAAAUCACAAAAAGGAUGAGCACACCUCAAGACAUCAUCUACCUCUCCCAAUGCACCAAUCUAAAGGCUUCUGAAAUACUUCAAGUUAUGGCUUUAUCAAUGACAUUUGAACCUAACUUAAUACGACACAGAGCCGUUCUUCGCAUGCUACAAAAAUGGGUUAAGGGAGGAGGAAGAAGGCAGAGGCUUCUUGAAAUUGUCCAGGCUUUCCAUUUCAACGAUGCUGCAAGAAAUGUUGCAAAAGGUAGGCCUAGUUUUAAAAUGUACAUUAAAAAAGUUAAGUCUCCUGUUAUUCUAUUUUGGGAACGACGUAUCUGGGAAAUCAAGUUAAACCGCCAUCCCUCUAAGACAUGUCAGAUAGCCUUAUAG